AUGUCUCUUCUUGAACUCAAUUCUACAACCUUUACUGCUACUGGUGAGGUCAAUGGUCCUGCAUUUGCAGCAGCAUUUGCUAUUGAAGGACUCAUUGGUCUAAUAGCUAACAUAACUGUGCUAGCAAUAACCCUUUACCAGCGAAAGUCCUGGAAGCAAUCAUCAACCGUAUUUUUCACAUCCUUUUUACUAGCAAAUAUCAUAACAGUUAUGUAUAUGUUAGUGUCUUCUAUUUCAAUUGGAGCCGGAGAAUGGAUCAUUGGAAGCACAUUUGAAGAAAAGAGAGCAACUUGUACUUUUACAGCUUACGUUAUAUGGCUUGAUAGCAUGGCUCUGACAAUGACGAUUGCUGCCAUAUCAUUUGAUCGGUUUCUUUUUAUUGUCAAACCUCAUCGUCACAAGUAUCUCAUGAAAUCCUGGAUUGCCCUGAUUGUGACAAUCAGUUUGUGGGUACUGUCUGCAGUCGUUAACAUUGCACCAUUUUACAGUCAUGAUGAAUAUAAAGCUGGCAUAUAUGAUUCUCAAAUUGGAAUUUGCCUUAAAAGUUUUUCUGAUUCAUAUCUAGAUUACAUAUAUUUCUUUCUAGAUAUAUUAUUUCUUUUGAUAAUAGAUUUUAUUAUCCUUGUGACAUCUCUUUGGACAUUUUGUUUUACCUGUAGGUUCAUGCAGACCCAGUCUGAAAUGCCUGGCAAUAAUAGUGUUUAUGUCUCCAAGAAAUGGAGACUUUUUGGAAUAUUUGGAACUAUGCUGUUAGCUUAUAUCAUAGCUGUAAUUCCAGCAUAUAUUUUUGGUGUUAUUUCAAUAUUCUAUACUCUACCACCAGCAGUGAAUGUUACCGCUGCACUUGCUUAUGGUUCAAUUGUUAUUUCUAACCCAAUUAUUCAGUCUUACUUCAGGCCAGACAUCAAAAUUGUUUUAACUGCCAUCAUCAAAAAGAUUAAGCUAAAAGUUACUAGAAGAUAUCAAAACACAACCCAGACUGAUGCAAACAUGGAACUAGAGUGA